AUGCAGCCCUGCUCCUCAGCCCUGGCCUUGCUGCUCCUGGCUGCCUGCACCCUGCCUACCAGCAGCUCCCCAGCUGAGCCCAGCUGCCUGCACUUCCCAGAGCUCCUGCCUGCAAAGCUUAAGGAGCUGAGGAUGAAGUUUGAGGAAAUCAAGGAUUACUUUCAAUCGAAAGAUGAUGAACUUAGCAUCCAGCUGCUCAGCUCUGAACUACUGGAUGAUUUUAAGGGCAGCUUCGGGUGCCAGUCAGUGUCAGAGAUGAUGCGGUUCUACAUGGAGGAGGUCCUGCCCAGUGCCAUGAGGACCAGCACGCACCACCAGCAGAGCAUGGGUGACCUGGGCAACCUGCUGCUGAGCCUGAAGGCGACGAUGAGGCGCUGUCACAGAUUCUUCAUGUGCGAGAAGAGGAGCAAAACCAUAAAGCACAUCAAGGAGACGUUCGAGAAGAUGAAUGAGAACGGAGUCUACAAGGCUAUGGGAGAGUUCGACAUUUUCAUCAACUACAUUGAGGAGUACUUGAUGAUGAAGAGUAGGAAGUGA